GACAAACAAUGUACCUGAUAUGAUAACUUGACAUCAACUCUCUUUCCCUGUGAUUUCUGAUCCUGGCGAGACGUUCUGGUCAAUCCUCGUCAUGGCUGAAUUAAAGUUGCUGGUACAGAUUUCGCUCUUGGUAGCCAUAGCAACAUUUGUGUCUGGAGAAUUCGUCAUAACCACCGGUGGCGACUAUAACAUCAGCAACAACGGUGUCACGUGGCUUCAGUCAGCGCCAUCGUACUUCUACGGCAACGGCAAGCGUUACUCCACCUCCGACGGCACGUUAGGUCGUCCUAAUACAACUUACUCACAAAGUGGCUUGGACAAACUCGGGCCCUGGCAGAACGUGUAUUGGUAUUACAGGGCAGACAACUUGUCGUUCCAGACCACCAUAAAAACCUACCAAACCGAUCAGCUUCCUCUCGUAAUGUUCACACAGAAAUACUUGAAUGAAACCACAGGGGCAAGAUCCCCCAACUCCAACUUCACAAUUAGUGGAUUUCCAAGUUUCUACGUCAGAGACCUCAACGACACCGUGGGUUAUCUUUCCUUUGGUGGGCAGAUGAUGGGCGACUUCAACAAGAAGAUGGGCAUAUGGGGUCCGAAGACACUGGACGUGAAUGGAGGACUGAUCGGAGGGCCUCUGGUACUGUUUGAUAGGGAUGGUAACACAAUUCUCAUCCAGGCCUUCACCAACUUUAUGGCGGUGUCAAUGUAUUACGACAGCGUGACGUCAACGGUCAACUGGGGAAUUAUGGGAGACGUUGACACAGUGCCCGCUGGGUUUGAAAUCACCGUAGUUCUACAUACCAAUGAUAAAGGCAUCAACAAGGCAUUUGAGGACCUCGGAACGCGCAUGCGGUAUUGGUAUGACAAAACCGAUUACUACAAGAAGAUGGAUCAAACGCUUAACUACCUUGGGUACUGGACAGAUAAUGGCGCCUACUACUACUACCACACCGAGAACAACGUCACGGACUACGAGCAGACUCUGAUAGACGUCAAGGCUUACAGCGACCAGAUGGGUGUACCAUACAAAUACAUGCAGCUUGACUCCUGGUGGUAUUACAAGGGCGGUCUUAACGGUGUGACGUCAUGGUCGGCCAUGCCGAGUGUUUUUCCUCAUGGUCUACAGUUUCUGCAUAAAAAGAUUGGUCUUCCGUUUGCUGCGCACAACAGAUACUGGUCCCGCAAUGCCACGUAUGCCAAGCAAAAUGGCGGAAAGUACAACUUUGUUGUCGAGGACCUUAUCUCUUUACCUGAUGACCAGUCUUUCUGGGAUGACUUCUUUAAAAUGGCCAAAGGCUGGGGUCUGAUUCUCUACGAACAGGAUUGGCUGAAUGCCCAGCUUUUAGGACUGGAAGCCUUGCAAAAUAACCUGACACUUGGUCAACGGUGGCUGGAGCAGAUGGGGAAAGGUGCACAGAACAAUGGCAUGACCAUCCAGUACUGUAUGUCCCUGCCCAGAGAAGCCCUGCAGAGUCUGAUGGUACCCACAGUUACACAGGCCCGGGCCAGUGACGACUACCAGCUGUUAGAUGACCAGUGGAAGAUCGGAAUAACGUCACUAUUCGCAUACUCCUUGGGUCUCGCCCCUUCUAAAGACACAUUUUGGACAACGGAAAUGCAGCCUGGAAACCCAUAUGAUAGAAAGAAUGGUUCCCAUACUACCCCAGGAGAUGUGUCGAGAAAUAAAAAUGCAACAGAGCCCUAUCCCAUGAUACAGACUCUGGUGGCGGUACUGAGUACAGGGCCGGUCGGACCAGGGGACAGGAUCAACGGCACAGACAAGGAUCUGCUCAUGAGGUGCUGUAACGAAGACGGGCUGAUAUUAAAACCUUCCCGACCGGCGACGGCUGUAGACGAUCAAAUAAUUGAAGCAGCAUUCCAAGAUGGCAGCGGCCCUGACGGUGAGGUUUGGACGACCUACACACAGUUUGAUGACGUACACCUCAGAUUCGGAAUCAUCUUUGCUGCCAAUACGUCCACUCCAUACAACAUCACACGCAGAGCGGCCGAUGUCAUAACGUACACCGAUGAGUACUCGCGGAGCAAAAUAUUUCUUGCAAAUGAUACCAGUACGAUGGAGGACUUUGACGACCAGCAUCCCUUCAGCAUUCCCGCGUGCAGCCUGGACGACGACCCCUACUACUGCCUCUACUACACGUCGCCUGUCAUCACCGUGGGAGCGACAGAGGUGGUUAUCAUAGGUGACUUGAACAAAUGGGUGCCAAUGUCCCCGCAGAGGAUAUUCAAAAUAUGGGUGACGGGUGAUGCCGUGGCCUUGACCUUGAGGGGUAAACCAUCAGAGGAAGUUACCCUGUCCUACGCCGUCGACGGUAAUGUGACGUCAGAAUCGAAAACGUCCAGUCCCUCUGGAUGUUCAAAUUUCCUUCUUCACGAGAAGUCCGGAACUAGCUUUACCUUCCCACCAAGCACGGACUGCACCUGGGAAGUAACGACAACAGUUGCACCUCCGACGCCGCCAGCAACAACAACGCCUACAACAACGCCUACACCAAGGCCGACAACGUCGAUGACAACUACGAAACACACAACACCAAAGACAAAGACGACUACUCCUUCCGGAUCUACGAUGUUAACAGGACUUGUGAGCAGUGUUGUUGCUGCUUUGAUGGUUAUAAAAGUCCUGCACUGACUGAGAACUAACUAAUUACUGAAUUCGAUAGGUUGGUUUACGAACGUGCUGAAUAAAAUAUCGUAGAACUAUU